AUGGCGGGGAGCAACAGCCUCAUUUGGGCCUUCUCCAGUGAUCAUGGCCAGGCAGAUGUGGACUUCAGCUGCACGGGGUCAACUGGGGGCGGCACAGGUGGCGGCACGGGCGGCGGCUCUGGGGGUGGCACUGGGGGCGGCACUGGUGGAGACAAUGGAGGGGGCGACUAUGGCGGGGACUACGGUGGUGGCAAUGGUGAUGACUACGGGGAUGGCUCUGAUUAUGGAAGUGAUGGUCAGUACGGCGAUGGUUCUGGCGAUGGUGGUGAUUAUGGGGAUGGUGGUGAUUACGGGGAUGGAGACGGCAAUGGGGAUGGCAGCGGUGGUGAUGGUGACUAUGAUGGGGAUGAUAACGGGGAUGGCGAUUAUGGGGAUGAUGACUACAGUGGUGAGGACGAUGACUAUACUGGAGAUGACAGCAAUGGUGAUUAUAACGGAGACUACAGUGGAGACUACAGUGGAGAUUACAGUGCAGAGGAUUACGCGGACUAUGGCACAGCUGGUUCCGCUAGGAGUGCUGCUACUACUUCGGCAUUUGGAAGAAUGAGUAAGCUGUGGGGCGGCUUCAAGCAAUGGUUGAGAACUUCUGCUGGUAAGGCUGGCAAGAGGUCAAAAAUGUCUCGCAAGGGAACGAGAAAGCAUGGAUUCAGGGCAAAGGGCACGCAAGCUGGUACUGCAAGGCACAUGGGCGCUCGUGUGUGGCAGGCAAGACGUGCCCAGAGAAAGAGAGUCAAGGGUGCACAGGGAGGCAAUGCAGUCAACAGGAUGAAUGCGAGCGGCACUGCUGGGUUGAAAGCGGUGGAGAAGGCACAUGCAACGACUUAUAAGCAGCAUGUGCAGCACUGGCCAUUUGCUACCGGGCGGGCAGGCGGUAAUAUCGGGGGAGAUGCUGCAGCGGCAGACACGACAAAAACCACGGUUGCAGGGAAAACACCGUGA